AUUGUCCAAUCUCUAUAGAUUGUGCAUUGUCUAGGACUAGUUGUCGUUCGUUAUUGAUUAUUACUAACGUUUGAUUUGCCUCUGAGAAGAGUUGUGAUGUUUUUUGGAAAGUAAUAUAACCUCGAACAUUAUUUGUAAGUAACGUGAUACGUAUGGUGUGUUACUUGUUUAAGAAGACCCGAUUCAACCAUUAUACAUAUUUGCUUUGAUUUCUAAGUUCUAAAACUUUAUUCGCAAAACGAAAGUAGACAUUUGGGAGUGUAUCUUAUUCGUUUGGGGAAGAUUUUGAAAUCAUUUUAAGCAUAGGUAUAAAAAAAAAAAAUCUGUUACAAUCAAUUUUAAUUGACAGGCAUUAUUUUUAUCCAAAUUGUCGUUUUCAUUGAAUUUUCAUGGUAUGUUUCAGAUCUAUGGUCAAAGCAUUGUGUUGCAUUAUUAUAGGUACAUUAAGUUUCUCCAGGAGUUUUUAUUCUCAAAAAGGGAUAUAUACCCUUUGAAAAGUUAGGUUAAGAAAUUUUCGCAAUCUUAGGAAUAAUUCAAUUAAUGCAUGGUGUGCUGAUUGACUUUCAAUUUUUUUUUUAAUGCACUACAUCAGUACAAAACAAUAUACAUGUACACUGCACGUGUAUUGAGAAGGGUUGGUUCGUAGAUUGUAUAUUGCUUAAUUUUCACUCAUAGAAUUUUCACUCAUAUGGAUACGUCACCAUUGCCGUUGUUAGGCCUAUGCUCUGCGCUUACGGCCUUUGAGCGGGAAUGGAUCUUUAUCGUGCCACACCUGUUUUGACAGGCACCUCGUUUUUGGGGGUUUUUUUGUUUUGUUUUUUUUUUUUGGUGUUUUUUUUUUUGCAGUUUCAUCCGAAGGACCUCUCCAUUUGGUCGCCUUUUAUGACAAGCAAGGAGUAUUGAGGACCUAUUCUAACCCGGAUAUGGACUAUAGCUGUAAUACAGUAUAGAGAUAGAAAGAGAGAACCGGUGUUGUGAAAGAGUUAUGAGAUUGAUCACUGUUCGUUAUCUUCACCUUUCAUUUGACGCAACCAAAGUACAAACGGGAUACAGCAUUGAACACGUUUUAUGAGCAUGCUUUCGUCAAGAAUUCCAAAGAAACCCCCCAGACCACCAUUUUUGUUUGUUGCUGCAAUCGAUUUUGGAACGACAUAUUCAGGCUAUGCAUUUUCCUCUAAAGACUCGUGGGAAAUUGUACGUACUAAUAAAUGGACCGGCGGUAACCUGAUGUCUGAGAAAGCGCCUACGGUAGUUCUUUUGAACCCAGACCAAUCGUUUAAUUCCUUUGGUUAUACGGCAGAGAAUGAAUACAGUGAACUAGCAAAACUUCCAGGAAAAAAGUACCGAGACUACUAUUAUUUCAACAAUUUCAAAAUGAAACUCCAUAUCUCCAAGAAUGUUACCGAUGGCUCGGUUGUGGAGGAUGUCAUUGGUAAACCCAUGCAGGCUUUCCUCGUAUUUGCCCAUGCGAUUCGCGAACUCAAGAAACUCCUCUUGGCCCAGUUAAAGAAUGCAAUAACAGGGGCAAAGGAUGAAGAUGUUUUGUUUGUACUCACUGUUCCUGCUAUUUGGGAUGAAAGAGCCAAACUUUUUAUGCGAAAAGCUGCUAUUAAGGCUGGUAUACACCCAAAUUUGUUAGUUGUGGCGUUGGAGCCUGAAGCAGCCUCUGUGUUUUGUCAAACCCUGCCAUUCAAUGUGGAAGAUAUUGGACAGUCUCAGCUUGCAAAACCAGGAGUUCAAUACAUGGUUGCAGACUUGGGAGGGGGUACUGCAGAUUUGACCGUCCAUAGAAGAACCCAGAAUAAUAAGUUGCAAGAACUUUGGAGAGCAUCUGGUGGCCCAUGGGGUGGAAAAGCAGUGACGGAUAAAUUCCAACGAUUCGUGGAAGAGAUUGUUGGUGGGAAAGUCAUGAAAUCAUUUAUUGAUGAGGAAAUGGAAGAUUACUUGGAACUUCUUAGAGACUUUGAAGUAAAAAAGCGACAGGUCAAGAUAAACAAACCCUCUAUCACAAUAAAUAUUCCUGUAUCAAUAAACGAAGUUAUGAAAGAACAUUCAGCAGACAAAGACUUCGAAACAGCCAUCAAAUCUUCGAAGUAUUCCUCCGAUCUGGUAUUUCGAAGAAACAAAUUGACGUUAAAUGAGAACUUGACGAUGAAACUCUUUGAACCUAUCGUGAGAGAAAUUAUGAAGAAAAUGGAUGACGUUUUUGAACAUGUGUCAUCUGAAAUUCCGUACAUCCUAUUGGUUGGAGGGUUUUCUGAAUGUGAAAUUGUUCGCCAAAGAAUAAAAGAACAUUUUGAAUCAAAAACUGUAAUUGCACCACACGACUCGGGACUCAUCGUCCUAAAAGGCGCGGUCUACUUUGGGUACCUACCGGAAGCUAUUUCAAUUCGUUGUGCUCCAUAUACAUUCGGUAUGCAAUCUUGGCCUCCGUUCGACCCCCGUCUUCAUCCUAGCAACAAGAGAGUAAUUAUCAACGGUAAAGUACGUUGCAAAGAUGUCUUCCAUAAAUUUGUCACGAUAGGGGAUCCGAUAGAACCAGGCUGUUCAAAAUCUCAGGCUUUUCAGGUUUUGGAUACAAAGCAAUCCUUUUUGGAAUGCGUUGUAUAUAUUUCUGAAGAAGACGAUCCGAAAUUUGUCGAUGACUGCACUCCUCUCAUCACACUGAACAUUCCUUUAGAAAAUUUCAGAAACAGAGAAAUCGUGGAAAUAGAAGAAACACUAGUAUUUGGAGAGACAGAAUUAAGAAUAACAGCGGUAGACAGUAAGACGGGGGUGGAAUACACAGUUUCCAAAGAACUAACCACAAGAUACUGAAUAUAUGCAAUGACUAUUACAUGUACAUGUAGUUCUCAAUGCCAUGUCUACAAUAAAUCAUUGACUUCACAAUAUAUGAAUACACUGAUAUAAACGCAGCAUAAUGCAUAUCAACUGCACAUGACGUUGAGAUUACCUGUCAUACAUGUUGACUGCACAUGACGUUGAGGUUACCUGUCAUACAUGUUCACUGCAUAUGAUGUUGAGAUUACCUGCGAUACAUGUUCACUGCACGUGACGUCUAGGUUACCUGUGAUACAUGCUGACUUGAAAAUGUUGAAAACGGUUUAAUAUUUGUGUACAUAUACAUAUAUAUAAAUGAACAAAUGUAUUCAAGUGAUGAAUAAUACAAUCAAGCCUUUGUUAUAGAUGGGAGCGAUCAAUCGAUUGGAGCACGUGGUAAAUAUUGCAUGCUUGUACAUAAUUAUAUAAAAUUACCACGUGUAUUGCAUUCUAAUUUAUUAAUCACCCCCAUCAACCCAAAACAUAAGAAAGUCAAUCCUUAAAUGAACGUACUAAGUUCUUCUAAACUUUAGUUAACCUAAAUAUUGAAUUUAGUUUGUAUGGUAUUUUUCAAGUUAUUCUUGUAAUUACAGUAUUGCUGUAAUUACGAAAUAAACAAUUUUUUCCAGUCCA